CCGAGCUGGCCCGAGAAGUUCGUAGCCUUUGUCAGGCCCAGGAUGGGAGGCUCCCGCUCCGUAGGACCGAGGCAGGCUCCACCGUAAGAAAGAAACCCGACCUGACCUGACUUGAGACCUUUCCUCAGAGUCCCCUGAGGAAAGACAGAAAGGAACACUCCGAGGCUCCCGGGACUUCUAACUGCUCUGUCCAUAGAGGCGUGACUUGGGUGAAGAACAAAAUCUUCAGGACAUGGAGGAGGUGGUGAUCAUGGAGACAGAUUUGGCCGGAAUGCCUGAGAAAAAAGCUAUGUCUUCCCAGGAUUUCCCCCUCUGCCAGGAGAAGAACACAGAAAAUGAAGAAGUGGCAGCUAUGCGCCUCACAGCCAGAUCACAGGAAAGAGUGACAUUCAAGGAUGUGGCCAUGGACUUUACUCCAGAGGAGUGGAGGAACCUGGAUCCUACACAAAGGAAUGUGAUGCUGGAGAACUAUAGGAACUUGGUCUCACUUUGGCUUCCAGUUUCCAAACCUGAGAAUUAUAAUUUGAACAGUGGAAAAGAACCAUUAAAACUUGAGAGAAGAAUUCCCAAAUGCAGCUAUUCAGACAUGGAGACUUUACCUGAGAACAAAGAUUCAACUUCAAUGCAAGAUUUUUCCAAAGAUGAUUCACACCAGAUUGCAAUAAUAGACAGACUGGCAAGAAGUAGUGUCUAUGACUCCAACUUGGAUACAGCUCUUGAAUGUGAAAAUUGGUUAGAAAGUCAGCAAGGAAAACAGGAGAAACACUUGCGAGAAAUGUUUACCCAUAUGAAUUCACUUCCUGAAGAAGGAGAUCAUGAACGUGAUAUAUAUUGGAAAACCUUUGGUCAGAAGUCUGUCCUUGUCACUCAAGACAGAGUUCCCAAAGGAUCUUAUGCCUUUCACUCACUUGGGAAAAGAUUGAAACAGAAAUCAAAUUUAAUGAAAAAGCAGAGAACCUGUAAAGAGAAAAAACCUCAUAAAUGUAAUGACUGUGGUGAACUCUUCACUUACCAUUCAGUGCUUAUUCGACACCAGAGAGUCCAUACUGGAGAGAAACCCUAUACUUGUAAUGAAUGUGGGAAAUCUUUUAGCCACAGAGCUAAUUUAACUAAACACCAGAGAACUCAUACUAGAAUUCUCUUUGAGUGUAGUGAAUGUAAGAAAACCUUCACAGAAAGCUCAUCCCUUGCAAUACACCAGAGAAUUCACAUCGGAGAGAGACCUUAUGAAUGCAGUGAAUGUGGGAAAGGUUUUAACCGAAGCACACAUCUUGUGCAGCAUCAGUUGAUUCAUACUGGAGUGAAACCUUAUGAAUGUAAUGAAUGUGAUAAAGCUUUUAUUCAUUCAUCAGCACUCAUUAAACAUCAAAGAACUCAUACUGGAGAGAAACCCUAUAGAUGCCUAGAAUGUGGGAAAGCCUUUAGCCAUUGUUCAUCACUUACUAAGCAUCAGAGAGUUCAUACUGGAGAGAAGCCAUAUGAGUGUAGUGAAUGUGGGAAAACUUUUAGUCAGAGCACACACCUUGUUCAGCAUCAGAGAAUUCAUACUGGAGAAAAACCCUACGAGUGUCAUGAAUGUGGGAAAACCUUUAGCCGGAGCUCAAAUUUUGCAAAACAUCAAAGAAUUCAUAUUGGAAAGAAACCCUACAAAUGUAGUGAAUGUGGAAAAGCCUUCAUUCAUUCAUCAGCUCUUAUUCAACACCAAAGAACUCAUACUGGAGAGAAACCCUUUAGAUGUAAUGAAUGUGGGAAAAGCUUUAAGUGCAGUUCAUCACGCUUCAGACAUCAAAGAAUUCACACAGAAGAGCAACCCUGAAAUUUGCUGAAUGGGAAGAAAUGAUUCCAGUCAAGGAGAGAACUGAAGCAACUGUGAGGCACCAGGGCAUACUUUCCUGUUGGGUGUGGAAAAAGCUUAUGAGACAGCCCUCAAGUGACUCACUUAAGGGUUAGUAGCUUCCCUUCAUGAAGAAGUUGCCAUUUUUCGUGUUGUUGUUCUUGUUCUCCAUAUGUCACUUGGUCUUUGUCCCAGACCCCUUAAGAAAGUGGACAAGGCACAAAAUCACAGAGGCAUAUUAGCAUAAGUUGCAUGGGUGACCAAAAACCAGUGGCAAAAUUGAAAACAAAAUCAGUAGUACAAAUAAAUAUCUAGUAAAAUGCUAUACAUAUGUCAAUUUUUGUUAUAUGAAAACUAGAGGAAAAAAUCAUAAUCACAGAUUCCAUCUUUUCUUCUGAAUCUUUACCUUUCAUUCCAUACAUUUGCCCCCUCCACAUUAUUCCUCUCAUUAAUCCUUAAGUUUUAUGAUUGAAGAAAAUUAGGGGGUAGGUAUAAAGAAUUAAUGAUAAUGGGGAUCACUCUCAUGAAGGCUGGAGUAUAUAAAUCCAGCAGUGAUGUGAAUCACAGGAAAUAAAGAUGAAAGGCCUCUUCAGGAAGAGAUUAUGGAAACACAUGGAAGAGGGUCAAAGUGGUUAGAAAGGAUUAGGGUUCAGAGAUCAGGGUGAGAAUAGCUGACUCAAUAAAACAUAGGAAAUGGAGUUCAAAUCUUUCAUCCUCUUAAUCAGUAUUAGUGGUUUAGAGCAGGCAGUGGCAAACUAUGGCAUGGACUCUUGGACCAUGUCUGGCCCACUGCUUUUUCUGUGAAUUUUGUUGGAACUCAGCCACACUCAUCAGUUACAUGCUGUCUUUGCUUUUCUGUGCAACACAGAAUUGAAUAGCUGCAACAGAGGUUGUGUCUCCAGGCUGCUAUAAUCUAAUUCCAUAUACUGGAUAACUUAUAAACAGAAAUUUCUCAACAGUUCUGGAGACUGAGAAUUCCAAGACCAAGGCACCAGAAGAUUUGGGUUCAGUGAUGAGCUACUUCUUGGUUCACAGAGGGCUCCUUCUCUGUGUCCUCACCUGAUAGGAGGGGAGAACUUUGAUCUCUUCAGUCCCUUAAGAGUGCACUGGUCCCCUUCAAGAAGACUCCACUGGGGUGACCUAAUCACUUCCUAAAAGCCCUACUUUGUAAUACCAUGACAUGGGUGAUUAGGUUUCAAUGUAAGAAUUUUGGAGGGGCAUAUUGAAUCCUUAGCAGAUUGUAUGUCCCCCAAAACCUAAAACAUUUACUGUUAGGCUCAUUAUAGAAAAUGUUAACUGGUCCCUGUCCUGGAGAAUCCAUGUCAAGAAGUGGAAUAGAAGGAUUAAAUCCAGUCAGAGAAACAAGUGGAAUGGAAAGUUAUAAUGAUGGUGAACAUAGUCUUCCUCAGGGACUAGCCAUUGUGGUUACCCUCUUAAGCUAGACUGGUAAGCAGAACAAGGCAGAUAAAUACCCUGAGGGACUGCUUGGGACUCCAUAGUCCUAUUACUAUUUUUAAGGUUAUAGAAUAUUGAGAGAGAAAAAAAUGGGGUGGGGGACAGAAGAUGGGAAAUGAUGCAUGAAAACAUUCUUAAUCACUAGGUUGCAACUAUAUAUGAUGGAGAGAGUUGUAGUUAUUAAGGCUUUUUCAAUGUGCCAAAAGCUUGAGUGAAAAGAAAUUCAUUUUGGAGGCCAAAUUUUGACUAAUGGAAGAAGACCAACAUGGGCUUUUCAAAGCUGGGUGUGAUUUCUGCCACUCCCAGUAAGUAAUUAUGUAACCUUGAAAAAACUACUUAAUCUGGGUUUCAGUUUCUUUAUCUGUAAAGUGGGAGUAAGUCAUCCCUUCCUCACAAAAUUGUCACAAAGGUUAAAUGAAAGUGCAUAUAUAGGACCUAGCACAUAAUAACCUAUAGACAGCCCCCUACUCCUGCCCUCUCCCACCUCCUUGCUCAUGUGUUGAGUACUCUGAGGUCGCAUGCUCUCUUUCUCUCUAAAUAUAUAAUGUUUAUAUAAUUUUAAAUCAUAUUUUCAUCAAGUGACUAAGCAUCAAUCAGGAGAAGUUAUAUUAGAAUGAGUGUAUCUCCCCACCUUUUGUUUACCAGUAAGGAACUGUAACUGUCCUGCUCUCCAGCUUAUCUUAAAGAUGGAUAUUCCUUCUGAAUAUCACUUAAGCAGGAGCUAUCUGAUAGUUUCAGAGACUCAAGUUUACAACCUAAUUGCCGUUUAAAUAGUGUUAAGGAAUUUGCUCUUUUACUGGGAACUCUGACCCUUUCCAUUUUGUAUUUGUCCUUUCUAUGCCUAAUGUUUAACCUAACAACAUGUUUGUACUCCACAUAAAUCUUGGAAGUUUUAAUGAUCUGCAUUUUAAAUGUUUUGGUUACCUAUAAACUAUAUUAUCUGCUCUUA